AAUUCAAAUCUCUCCGUUUCACUUUGUAGAGUCCUCUUUCUCGACAGAAAAGCAAACUGAGCUUGUGAAAGCCAAUGCCAAUAGGAGCUCUCCCUUUUGGUCAAUCCACACUGAGACGGAGUCUUCUCUAUACAUAUAAAGGAAAAAAGAAAGUACAAACUUCACCUGCACGAUACCCUUAAAUCAAACAUCUUCCCGAAUUCUAGCCAAGAAGAAGAAGAAAAUGGCGUCCCACACGAUUGAUUUGUUGAAGCAGGAACUUCCCGUCCAACAAGAUUCUUUGCUUCUCAAUGGCGAUGUUAAGACCGGACUUGUUCUUGUAGAUAUAGUUAAUGGUUUCUGUACCGUCGGCGCUGGCAAUUUGGCCCCAAGACAGCCUGACAUGCAAAUUUCUACGAUGGUUGAGGAGUCGGUGAGGCUUGCCAGAGCUUUCUGUGACAAGAAAUGGCCUGUUUUCGCUUUUCUCGAUUCUCAUCAUCCUGACAUUCCGGAGCACCCUUACCCUCCUCACUGUAUUGCUGGAACUGACGAGGCAAGACUCGUUCCAGAAUUGCAGUGGUUGGAGAACGAAGCGAAUGCCACGCUCAGGUGCAAGGAUUGCAUCGAUGGGUUUCUCGGUUGCAUUGAGAAAGAUGGCUCUAAUGUGUUUGUGGAUUGGAUAAAAGAUAAUCAGAUCAAAGUUAUAUUGGUGGUAGGGAUAUGCACAGAUAUAUGCGUGCUUGAUUUUGUAUGUUCAGCACUAUCUACCAGAAAUCGUGGUUUUCUUGCUCCUUUAGAGGAUGUGAUUGUGUUCUCUCGAGCUUGUGCUACCUUUGACAUUCCACUUCAUGUUGCCAGAGCUGUCAAAGAUGUUACAGCACAUCCACAGGCCUUGUGCUAUGGAGCAGUAACUUGGAACAAAAACUAGGAAAAAACAGAAAUGGAAGGUUUCACAAGAGGACUUGAACUUCCUCAUUAUGGGCAUGAGGUUUCAUGGACACAAAGCAUAAAGGACGGAUGAGAGCAUAUUGGAUGAAAAUUGCUUAAUGCGGUUGGCUUCUCACAACAAAAAAACUCAUGCAUGUGAGAGAACAAGACAUAGGAGAACAAUAUAAUGUUUUAGAAUUAUGGUCCUAUGUUUUGAAGCUUUGCAGGAGGUUAGCGCCAAAAGUAGCUUUUUCUUUGGAUGGAAUGAGAAGCUGUAUAAAUUGGUGGUCUUGGACUAGUUACCAAUGUAAACUUUGCAGUGGCUGUAGAAGAAGAAGUGGGAUGCAAAGAUUGCUGACUUGUUCUAAAAGUGCUCUUUAAUCAAUGUUUGAAGUAGAAACUUUUUACUUGUUUGCUAUUUCAUCCUUUGCUAUUGCAGGAUUUCUUUUGGAAAAAGUUGUUUCUUUUUUUAGUAGCAAUAUGUACAGAAACUGCUGCAAAACAAACACACAAUCACAGAGAGAAACAGCAGAGAUAUUUGUUCCCAAUUCUUCUUUUUUAUUUGCAGGAACUGAUGCAUCACAUAGGCCUGUACAUGGCCAAGGGAAGGGGAGCUAAGGUAGUCUCAGAGGUGUCUUUUGGUGCACUGCAAUAACCAUGAUCUUGGCCCAUGAGUGCAAAAGUGUGGUUUUCUUAUGCAGAAAGAAGUGAU